AUGGGUAGCCAAAUCAACUCAGAAUCUCUCACCAUUUCUUUGCCCCAGGGUAAACUCGUCGGCGUCAAGUUGGACGACUCAUUACCCCAACCUGUAGAUGCUUGGCUUGGUGUCCCCUAUGCCCUUCCACCAACCGGCGAUCGUCGCUUCCGACCGCCUGUCAAAGUCUCAUCAUCACCAGACACUGUCAUUGACGCCUCCAAGUAUGGCCCUGCAGGACCUGGCAAGGCGCUUCUCCCUGGUCCCAAGCUGGACCAAAGCGAGGACUGUUUGACGGCGAAUAUAUUUCGUAAGACAUCUGAUAAACAUGAGAAGUUGCCCGUUGCCCUGUAUAUCCAUGGCGGCGCCUUCAACAGAGGAUCCGCCAUGAUGCACAAAACCGCGUCAAUGGUGGCCAAUGCACCCGAUUCAUUCAUCGCGAUAAGCUUCAACUACCGUAUUGGAGCUUUGGGAUUCCUGCCCUCAAGUUUGAGCGCCAAAGAGGGUGCUUUGAAUCUGGGACUGAAAGAUCAAAUUCUAAUGAUGGAGUGGGUGCAGGAUAACAUCCAGGCCUUUGGUGGUGAUCCUAGCAACGUCACAUUAUUUGGUCUUUCAGCUGGUGCCCAUUCUAUCGGACAUCACAUUAUGCAUUAUAAAGAAGGUGUUGUACCUCUCUUCCACAAAGCCAUUAUCGAGUCUGGAGCUCCCACAUCACGAGCUGUGAGACCACACGAUGCGCCAAUUCACGAAGCUCAGUUCAAGGACUUUCUUCGUGAAGUUGGCGUACCAGAAGCCCUUCCAGAAAACGAGAUCUUCCCUUACCUCCGAAACCAACCAGAGAAGGUCAUUACUGAUGCUCAAACCGCCACCUUUGACAAGUACAACCCUUCACUUCGAUGGGCAUUCCAGCCCGUAAUCGACGGCGAAAUCAUUGCCCGCCCACCUCUAGAAACAUGGAAGCAAGGAAAAUGGCACAAGGUGCCCAUCAUGACAGGAUUCACCACAAAUGAAGGCUCGCUCUACGUUGACAAGACCAUGUCUGAGUCAUCUCAAUUUAGACACUUCUGGGCUGAGCUACUACCUCUCCUCUCCUCUGAAGACCUCGACACCAUUGAAGAACUAUACAGAGAUCCAGCCAAGUUCGAAGACUCAGAGUACAAGGAAACACGGAAGGACAUGGGCUCUCAGUACAAGCGAAUCGAAGCUGCAUACGCACACUACGCCUACGUUGCCCCUGCGCGUCAAACAGCCGAACUAGCCUCCCCGUCCGUCCCUGUAUAUCUCUACCAUUGGGCUGCCGUGAGCACUGUAAACAACGGCGCACAACACGCUGACAACAUGCGCUACGAAGUGUGCGACGCCAAGGUCGUUGCAGUAUCGCCAACUCAGAACGAUCUGGCCAGGACACUAAAUCACUACGUUACCAGCUUCAUCACAAAGGGUGACCCCAACGCGGUUGCAGGCGAAUACCCAGCGAGACCCAAAUGGGAAUCCUAUGAUACGAAGGAUCCCAAGUGUCUAUCUCACUUGAAAUUUGUUUUGAGUAGCAUAUUGGUCAUCAUGUCUCAUCCAGAUCUCACUGCCUUCAAAGCGUUGUCGUUUGAUGUCUAUGGCACACUUAUCAAUCAAGAGCCUGGCAUGAUCCGUGGCUUACAGCCCAUUCUAUCUCGUCUACCAGAUGAUAGCCCUUACAAGACGAACCCCCUGUCACUUAUUCAACAAUUCAGUACGUUUUAUAGGAGUCUUGCGGUUGAUGAGCCGACUCUACGUUUUGACAUCAUCCUUCAACGCUCGUUCAAGAACUUGGCGGACGAGUUGGGAGCCAGUGUGUCUGAAACUGAAAUCGAAGAAAUCGGUAGUACACCCGGAACCUGGGAGCCAUUCCCUGACACAGUCGCCGGAAUGUAA